AUGGCGAGCCGGGUUCCCAUCGAGCCACAGCGGGUGGACGCGCCGCUGACCCAAUCGGCGACGUUUCUCGUGGUGAGCAUCAACCACUCGCGGGCGGGCGCGGUCAAGACGGUGCGGACGACGCUGGCGCGACUGGCCGACCUCAGCAAGAACGUGGCGAUCCGCGAUCUGGCGGCGUCGUUUGCCUGCACGGUCGGCAUCGGCAGCGAGGCCUGGGAGUCGGUGACGGGCGGGCUGGCGCGGCCGGCGGAACUCCGCCCCUUCACGCCGAUCCGGGGAGCGGUGCACACGGCGAUCGCGACGCCGGGCGACCUGCUCUUCCACAUCCGCGCGGACCGGCGCGACCUGUGCUUCGAGUUCGAGCGGCAGCUGAUGGACCUGUUGGGCGACGCCGUGGCCGUGGUCGACGACACCAUCGGCUUCCGCUACUUCGACGUGCGCGAUCUUCUGGGCUUUGUCGACGGCACCGCGAACCCCGUCGGCACGACCGCCGUCGACCACUCCAUCCUCGUCACGCAACAAGACGACCCGGCCGCGGCCGCCGUCGCCGCCGGCGGCAGCUACGUCGUCGUGCAGAAGUACCUGCACGACCUGCCGGCCUGGCGCGCCCUGUCCACCGAGCGGCAGGAAGCCGUCAUCGGCCGCACCAAGCUGGACAACAUCGAGCUGGACGACGCGCCGGCCGGCGCCCAGGCCGCGCACAAGACGCUCGCCACGGUCCAAGACGACGACGGCACCGAGCACUCGAUCCUGCGCGACAACAUGUCCUUUGGCAACCCGGCCGCCGGCCAAUUUGGCACCUAUUUCAUCGGCUACUCGCGCCGGCUGUGGGUGGUGGAGAAGAUGCUCAACCGCAUGUUCGUCGGCGUCCCCGCGGGCCUGCAUGAUCGCAUUCUCGACUUUUCUACUCCUGUCACCGGUACCACCUUCUUUGCUCCCGCCGCCAGCGUCCUGGCCGGUCUGGACUCGGAUUGA